GGGGGACGUGCAGAAGGAAGUGGCGUAAGACCAGGCUCUGUCCCCAAGGGGCCACCUCCUAAGCAGGGGAGCAGAGUCUUAUCGGACUCCGUGCCUCAGUUUCUCCGUUUGUCCCAUGGGUCACCAGCGAGCGGUUCAGCCACUGGGCGGGGUGGCUGCGCCCUCUCUCCCUCCCCGCUGGGCCCCGCCCCCGAGGCUGUCCAGAAAAGGUCCCGAGCGGCGACCGCUCGCUCCAGCCUCCACGCGGUCCUGGCCAUGCAGGGUCCCCCUGCGCCAGCCCCGGCCCCUGGGCCCGGCUCCCCUCGGGGCUCCCCGCGAGGCUCCCCCGGGCUCUUCAGGAAGCUCCUGGUGAACCAGAGCAUCCGCCUGCAGCGGCGCUUCACGGUGGCCCAUCCCCUGUGCUUUGAUCUGGAAAAUGGGCUGUCGCGUGGAAGGACUGUCCUGGACCCUCAGUCCGGGGCUGGCCUUGGACGUGGGGCUCAGGCCCCGGCCCCCCACAGCCAGCGGCGAGAGUCUUUCCUGUACCGCUCGGACAGCGACUAUGAACUGUCACCUAAGGCCUUGUCCCGGAACUCCUCCGUGGCCAGCGACCUACAUGGAGAAGACAUGAUAGUGACGCCCUUUGCCCAGGUCCUCGCCAGUCUGAAGACAGUUCGGAGCAACGUGGCAGCCCUUGCCCAAGGCCAAGUCCACGGUGCAGUCAAGCAGGCAUCUGUCGGGAACCCUCCACCCAGCAGUCAGCCCCCUCCACCUGCAGAAGACUCUGGGCAGAAGCUGGCCCUGGAGACCCUGGAGGAGCUGGACUGGUGUCUGGAUCAGCUAGAGACGCUGCAGACGCGGCACUCGGUCGGGGAGAUGGCCUCCAACAAGUUCAAGCGGAUGCUGAACCGGGAGCUCACCCACCUGUCGGAAUCCAGCCGCUCUGGGAACCAGGUGUCCGAGUACAUCUCCAGAACCUUCCUGGACCAGCAGACGGAGGUCGAGCUGCCCAGGGCGGCCCCCGAGGAAUCCCAGAGGCCCAUGUCCGAGAUCAGUGGCCUCCGUGGGCUCCCCCACAGCGCCAGCCUCUCUGCAGCCACUGUCCCACGCUUUGGGGUCCAGACCGACGAGGAGGGGCAGCUGGCCAAGGAGCUGGAAGACACCAACAGGUGGGGCCUCGAUGUGUUCAAGGUGGCGGAGCUGAGCGGGAACAGGCCGCUGACAGCCGUCAUAUUCAGCAUCUUUCAGGAACGGGACCUGCUCAAGACCUUCCAGAUCCCGGCUGACACCCUGGCCACCUACCUGCUGACGCUGGAGGGUCACUACCACGCCGACGUGGCCUACCACAACAGCCUGCACGCCGCCGACGUGGCCCAGUCUGCGCAUGUGCUGCUGGCCACGCCUGCCCUGGAGGCCGUGUUCACAGACCUGGAAGUCCUGGCUGCCAUCUUUGCAAGUGCCAUCCACGACGUGGACCACCCCGGGGUCUCCAACCAGUUCCUCAUCAACACCAACUCGGAGCUGGCGCUGAUGUACAAUGACGCCUCGGUGCUGGAGAACCACCACCUGGCCGUGGGCUUCAAGCUGCUGCAGGCUCCGAACUGCGACAUCUUCCAGAAUCUCGGCGCCAAGCAGCGGCUGAGUCUGCGCAGGAUGGUCAUCGACAUGGUGCUGGCCACAGAUAUGUCCAAACACAUGAAUCUCCUGGCGGACCUCAAGACCAUGGUAGAAACCAAAAAGGUGACAAGCCUCGGUGUCCUGCUCCUGGAUAACUACUCCGAUCGCAUCCAGGUAUGUGGCCAGGUCUUACAGAACCUUGUCCACUGUGCUGACCUCAGCAACCCCACCAAGCCGCUGCCCCUGUACCGCCAGUGGACGGACCGCAUCAUGGCCGAGUUCUUCCAGCAGGGUGACCGGGAGCGCGAGUCGGGCCUGGACAUCAGCCCCAUGUGCGACAAGCACACGGCCUCGGUGGAGAAGUCCCAGGUGGGCUUCAUCGACUACAUCGCCCACCCGCUGUGGGAGACGUGGGCUGACCUGGUCCACCCCGACGCACAGGACCUGCUGGACACGCUGGAGGACAACCGAGAGUGGUACCAAAGCAAGAUCCCCCGCAGCCCCGUGGACACCGCGGUCAGCUCGGAGCGGGGGGCCCCCGACAGGUUCCAGUUCCACCUCGCUCUGGAGGAAGCAGAGGAGGAGGAGGAGGAGGAGGAGGAGGAGGAGGAAGCCCUGGAGAGGGAGCCCUCGGGGUCACCUGACACUUAGCGCCAGUACCCCAGGCCCUGGGGGGCCCUGCCCCUCGACAGCCAGGAGAUUCCAGGCAGGCCCUGCGUGACCACGGGGCAAAGUAAUGACCAAGCCCUUUGGCACCCAACGGCCCUGGUGGGUGAACUUUCCAGAAGGAGGUUCCAGGGGGCCCUUGCUUCACGUUCCCACCUGCUGAGUCAGACAACCAACUUUUUAGUGAUAGGUAGGUCUCAGGGUCCAAUGGAGGCUGGGGUCCACUCUGACCUCAGGUUCGGCUGAAAUGGCUCUACGGGGCUGGACGGGGGCAGCCUCUUACAGCGCCCUUGGCUCUCCCUCUGGACCUCUAUCCCUAGUAUGGAAAAGGGGGUCUGCCAGGCCCUUGUCCACCUUCUCCAGUAGUCAUUCUUGAACCACAUCUAUCACUUAAUUCUUUCUUUCUUUCCAUGUAUUUAUUGAGCAGCUACUAUGUGUCAGGCCUGUGCCUGCUCUGUGCUUCUGGGGUAGCCCUGCACAAGGUAGGGAGGGAGUCAGCACCCCACAGAGACCCAGUUCUGGCCCUGAAGCUGUGGUGGAGGCAUAGGAAAAGGGAGGCUCUUGUUGGGGACCGUCUCUGAAGGCUGAUUUAAGCUGCAUAGCACUUGUUCAAAAGGUUGCUUUUUUUUUUUUUUUUUUUUUCUUCUCCUGUUGCUGGGGAUGGACCACAGGGCCUUGCUCGGGCCAGGCAGGCACUCUACCACCCAGCUCCUCCCCGCCCAUCAGCCUCUGGGUUCUCUGACUCCCUGCCUCCGGGUGUGCGUGUCUCCUGCUCCCUCUGCUUCCCUACGCUGGGUUCCCCCCCAACCCAUGGUCUCUUUCUUGACAACAACAGAACUGCAGAAUUUCCACCCUGUACAGCUCGCCUCUGUGUCUCCUGAUCCUCUGUCCCCAGAGGGAGGGAGUCCUGUGCUGCUUUCUUGCAAUUGUUAGCUCCUUCUGGGCCCCUGCUAAAGGUCGGUGGAGGGUGUGGUGACCGUGACAUUCCUAAAAGAUCUCCGACCCGGGCAGCAGUGAGCAUCUCUCUGGGGCUCAGUAAACCCUCCAGACUUUAAGACACCCUAAUUUACAAAAUGAGUGUCCUAUCCAGGUGUGGUGGCCCACGCCUGCAAUCCCAGGGACUCAGAAGGCUGAGGCAGAAGGGUUGUGAGUCUGAGGCCAGACUGGGUCAUUAGAGAGAUCCUGUGACGAGAUAGAAAAAUAAAAAGGUCUGGGGGUGCAGCUCAGUGGUAGAGCACCCCUGGGUUCAAUCCCUAGUACCAUAAAAAAGCGCAUGGCCCAUUUCAUGAAUGGGGAAUGAGACACAGAGCAGCCCUGUCGCCUGCUCAAGGCCACACAGCCCUGAAGCGAGUAGCCAGCGGCGCCCCCUGGCGGUCGGAGCGGGAGGUGCACCGGGCGGGGCAGGCGAGCUCCGCGGUCCUCCGAGCUUGGCGGGGACCAGCUCGUCCUGGGCAAACGGGCGUCCUACCGGCUUUGUGCUCAGGGCUCAGGUGGGGGCCUGUCUUGCAAUCCUUCCAGAAGCAGCCAGUAUCCUCCCCGCCCCCACCCUGCAAAUUUAUACACGAUGCGCGUCAUCGCCGCAGCCCCCGCGGGGGGAACAGCGGCUUCUUUCGUAAAUAUUAUGACCACUGGCGACUCUCCAGCUCCCAAGAGCGCUCGGCUUCCACCCAGGAAGAACCAAAAGGCAUCUGGGGUCGUGAACUUGGUAGGAGUCCCUGCACAUUUUCCUGUGUCCUCUCUUUCAGUGCUGGGGAUGGACCCCAGGGCUCCCCAGCAAGCGCCCCACCGCUGAGCUCCACCCGCUUCCUUCCAGACUUUCCAAAGGCAGAGACUUAGGGGACUUUGAUUUCAAAAUGUUCUCUCUCCACACUCCUUACAAAGUAGUAUGUCUCUGCUGCAGCGAAUUUGGGAAUAAUGAAACAUAAAGAAGAAAAUAAAGUAUUACCACAAUCCCAAA